AGGCAAUCUGCAAAUUAAAGGGUUCAGAUGGGCUGGAAGCAGUUUCUGUUCUUUCCCCAGUUUCCAGCAUUGGUAUACAUUUGCAGAUUUCGUGCGUUAAAUAAGUCUUGACUAUUCUCUCCGAAUCAGCUCGCGGAGCAUUUGCGUCACUUCCGCGUGUUCAGCGUCCGAGGGAAUUUCCCUUGGGUUUUUUCCCUGGGACAAUUCCCUUACCCAGCUGACGUUGUUAAAAGUUACGUUGUUUGUCUUGAAAUUAAAAAACAAAGACUUACGGAUAUACACAAUGAGCUUGAAAAGAGAUUUCAUUUCAAGGGUACAGAAAGAGCUAAAACAACUGCAGUCCCUAAAGCCUCAUGGGAUUGAAGUGACUCUUCCAUCGGACAGCCUUCAAGUAUGGGAAGCUGUGGUGCCGGGAUCAGAAGAAUCACUCUACAAAGGAGGGCGGUUCAAAGUUCAAGUAUAUUUACCUGAGAAUUACCCUCUUGGUCCUCCAACGGUUCGCUUCUUAUCUCCAAUUUAUCACCUGAACGUUUGCCCGGCAACUGGUCACGUGUGCCUGGGGUUCCUGUCCGAGGCAACCUGGUUACCAACUCGCUGUGUUCAACAGGUUCUGAGUGCCUUGUUCGCUCUGUUGAUCAGACCUGAACCGGAGAUUGCCGCUGACCAGACACUGCUGAACACGUAUAAUCAAAACAGGACCGUUUACGAAGAAAAAGCAAGAAAAAGCGCACAGGAAGCUAAGUGAAGAUGAUGUUACA